UGUGGGGAAUUGAACUUUGAGUUAAGCAACCUACUAAAUUAAAAUUCUGUUAUAAAAUUAAGACUUUCAUCUUCUUCAUUUCUCUGAACUUACUUGAUCCUCAUGGGUUUAUUAGACCAACUUUGGGAUGAUACAGUUGCCGGACCAACACCUGAUACUGGUCUCGGAAAGCUAAGGAAACAUUCCACCUUUUCUUUCCGGUCAAAUUCCGGCAAUAAAGAAGUAGAAUCAGUUGCGAGAUCUAACAGUGAAGAUUUGUCUGACGAAGUGCACAGAAAUGUGACUCGCAGUAUAAUGAUCCUAAAACCGAGACCAGGAAAUCUGACGAUUAACGGUAAUGAUGGUGGUGGAUCAUCAGCACCAGCUUCACCGGCCGGAUCUACACCUCCUGUAUCACCAUUCACUCCAUCAGGAUCACCAUUCUCUGGUGGUAGAGAAUCAAAUCGUUUUCGUGGCAGAUUAUCGUCGGAUGUUUACGAGAGAGGAGCGGCUUCCUCGGCUCCAACAGCAGUCCCUAUCCGAGCAGCAGCAGCAACAACAGCAAUGGGGGAUGGAUCCAGGUGCACACCUCCUACUUACAACGUGUGAAAUGUGACCAGUGCUAGUUUCUUUCACCUGACCGGCGACUUUUACUUAGCAGUACUACUACUUUUUAUAUCAGACGAGGAUACAAGAUCGAAUCGAAAUACUAGCAAGAUAAUGGAACUGAGAAAUGGCUUUGUUUCUUUUUGUUGGUUUAGGUUUUGUUAUAUAGUUAUAUGGUAGUGCUAGAUAAGCAUGUAUUUAGCGUAUGUUGUUUCCCUAUGUAUAUAAUGUAUGAAGUCACUACCUCCGGCCACCAUUUACGGUGGUUGAUUGCCUCAGUGGAUGUGCAAUGGAGUUUGAAGAGCCGAGUUUUUUUUUGUUUUUUGUUAUGCUUUUUCUAGUGAGGAUGUGAUGUUUAGUAAAACCAUGUAAAACUAGCUUCAGAGAGCUGUGUGGUUUUUAUGCAAGUAAAUUUGGAAUUUGAAGGCUUUCACUUCUUGUUCGAGCUGUA